GACUUAUAAAAAAAUAAACAAAUUUGUUAAUUUUACCUUCAAUUCUACAUUCCAGAACAACAGUUAUGGUUUGUGUUCCUUGUUUUAUUAUACCUGUGCUGCUGUACAUUUGGCACAAGUUUGUACAACCCAUAAUGUUACGUUAUUGGAAUCCUUGGGCAAAGAAAGAUGCCCAGGGCAAUGUUAUAAAAGAAGCUCCUGAAUUUCCAUUCGAGUGCAAAGGUGGCGUUUGCCCUUAUCCAGGUGCUAAGAAUAAACUAAAAGACAAUGAGUCACAAAACAACCCGGAAGAUAAGCCAGUAAGUGAUGAGGCCACCUUGACAACGGCAGCAGCAACAGAAGUGGAGAGUAAAAAAGAGAAUUAAUUUUAAAUAAAUUUAGCUUAAAAACGUAGUCAACAAGUAAUUUAAGUUUUAGGUUUUAAAAAAUUAAUUGUCGCAAUUUUACUGUUGAUUAUUUUCUAGACUUUGGACUAUGUUUUUUUAUUUUUAAUGGAUAAGAUUUAAUAAAAGGUACAUACAUACAUAAUAUAUUUGUAAACGAUCACAAAAGGA